AUGCCUUUAGUGCGUGUGGAGGUGAGAAAUGAGUACGGACUGGGAAUGCCCGAGCUGUACAGAGAACCGAACACAGAAGAUCCAAAGGCCGUGCUUGACGGUGUGGCUGUGGCUGGUCUAGUUGGGAUCUUAAGGCAAUUGGGCGAUCUUGCUGAAUUUGCAGCAGAGGUUUUUCAUGGCUUACAGGAACAAGUGAUGAAUACAUCUUCUAGAAGCCAUAAGUUGAUGGUUCGCGUACAGCACAUUGAAGCUGCUCUUCCUCCAAUUGAGAAAGCUAUACUGGCCCAAAAGAGCCACUUACACUUCGCUUACACGACUGGUUCCAACUGGCAUGCCCACAUCCGAACGGCAGAAAACCACUUUGUCUACAAUGACUUGCCACGAUUCAUCAUGGAUUCUUAUGAAGAAUGCCGUAGCCCACCACGUCUGCACUUGCUAGACAAAUUUGACCCGGGAGGUCCUGGAUCUUGCUUAAAGAGAUAUUCAGAUCCUACCUACUUUAAGAGAGCAUCAUCUAAAUCGAAUGAAGUGAAGGUGGAGAAAGUCCCAAGAGAUAAGAAGGCUCGUAGAAUCAAGAAAAAAAGAACAUGGCAGCGGAAUGAAGAAGUAUCACAUGGUGCGUCAAUGUCCAAUUAUAGUGGCAGAAUGCAACUUACAUCCCGAAAUGCUGAUGAGCUGAUGUCCCCUACUCAAACUGUCUCCACAUUUGAUGCUGGAUUGAAAUCAGACCAGGGAGACCAAUCAAAUUCUUUUGAUUCCAGACCUGCGUCAGGCUACAUAGAAUGUGUAUUCCAUCCAAGUUACUCUAGUCAACCUGAAGAACAUGAAUGUAGGGAAUCCUCAUCUUCUCGGUUACCAGUGCACAAAGAUGAGAUCCUUGAUUAUGCUUUUCUGGAUGAAGAAAGCAGAGUUGUAGAUGAUGAUAUUCAAAAACGUUUUACACAGGAGCAAACUGGCUGCAGUUCUUCUUGUGUUACUUGGGAUGAAAAGAUCGAAAUAGAUUCUUUGGGACAGCAAUAUGAUCAUGAUGAAACUUCAGAGAUGCUCCCCACAAGCUUUGAUCUGAAUAUGCAGGAGUCACGAGCUGUUAAUUUUAGAAUAAUGGAUGAAGAAAGCAGGGUUGUAGAUGAUGAUAUUCAAAAAGGUUUUUCACAGGAGCAAACUGGCUGUAGUUCUUGUGUUACUUGGGAUGAAAAGAUAGAAAUAGAGUCUAUAGGACAGCAAUAUGAUCAUGGUGAAACUUCAGAGAUGCUCCCCACAAGAUUUGAUCUGAAUAUGCAGGAGACACGAGCUGUUAAUUUUAGAACAAUGGAUCAAAAGGAUUUACAGUUUGAUGAUGAAAACAUGCCAACAUCGAUCUAUGGCGGUGACAAGCUUGAGGAUAUUGAAAGCGAAACAGAAAAUUAUGUGGAUGCACUUAACACCAUCGAAUCUGAGUCUGAAAUAGAUUUCGACUGCCAUGCAAAGCGAGAAGUAGAGCAGUACUCCAAUUUGAACAGCAGAGCAGUAGAUGAUGGAAUAAGUAGGCCUACAGCAGAGUGUUCAGACCAUCAUUUAUUGACUUCCGAAUCUCAUAUUGCUGGCUCCAGUUAUCCAAACAAAGAUGCAUCCAGGGACAUCUCCAACCCUGGGUCCCCAGAAUGUCAUACAGCAAUUCUGCCUUCCUCAAACGUAGGGAAAUCCGAUGAUAAAUCUGACUCAGGCUCUUCAGAGUAUUAUGUCCACCUACCAUCGCCCGAAAUUGCUGGGAACUCAUCGACUCCCUUCAGUUUGCUGGACAUAGAGUUAUGUGGAAAUGCUAAUAUUCAUGAUGGUCCCAGCUCAGAAUCUGUUGUCAGCAAUGCAUCACCUUGUGACUCCAGAGAAACCAAUAUUCAGGAUCAGGUAAGUGAAAAGAUCAUAAACAGUCCUAGUGACUCUCAAAGACCUCCUGAACCUUCCAGCAUCAGCUCAGUUACGUUUUGGACAAAUGGUAGCCUGCUAGGACUUGAGCCGUCAAAGCCACCGGAUUUCAGUUCCUUAAAUGCUGUCAGACACGAGUCUACGACCAAUUGUAAAGAUGACAUAGUUGGACCAAUACUUCAAAUUAAUGCUCUUGAGGGUGUUGGGCCUGCAGGAAAACCAGAUGUAUUGACCAAUAGCUCCAGAAUCAUUGAAGAAAGUCCAAGUUCUAAAUGCUCUGCACCAUGCCAUGAUGAUCAAGAACAUAGUAUGUCUAUUAAGAGAAGAAUGUGGAGGUUUUCACCAGCUGAUUUAGAUGUCAAACUUGAGAAAUCUAGCGACUUCAGGAAGAGUUUCAAUAAUUCCCAGGGUCAUGGUUUGACUGAAACUAGUACAGUUACAUCUGGAACUGAGAGGCCAUUCGGUCCAGAUGUCCAAUGUACUAAUUCAUAUCAACAGAAUGGCAAAAAUACAUCUAGGAUGUUUGAAUUCAGCAACAGCUUACUUGUAAAUGGGUUUCGAAGGACACUCUCACUUGGGGCUAACAUUAACUCUGAUCCUGCCUUCUCUCUGAAUACUGGUGGUUUUGAGCAAGAGACCAGGUGCCAAAGUGUUUCACAUCAAACUUUCUCCGGUAGGACUAGAGAGCAGUUUGGAAGUGCAUUUCCAGUCCUGUCACCUUCUUCUUCACCACCACUUGAACAUAUGAAGAUAUCAUUCCAGCCUAUGGAUGGCUUUGAGGCUUCCAAACUGAAAUUGAAAUUCCCUAAUGGGAGUAACAGUUGUGACAGUAGCAAAGAUAUGUUUCCUUCGUUUCAGUUGGUCCCAGAGACUGCAAGUUCUCGUCAUGACUUUGGUUCAGAGUCUGAUGAUGACACAUUCUGUAGAUCAUCUCCUUAUAUGUCAGAUGAUUGCCUUAGUGAUAACUCUGAUUCAAAUUCUGAGCAUUGGGAAUCUGGUGAAUCUCCCAGUAGCAAGGACCACGAAUUAUAUGAUGCUUUCUGCAGAAUCUCAUCAGCAGAGUCUGCUUCAAGCUCUGUGGGGAUUGGGGGAAUGGCCCAGGGAAGCAUCUACGAUAACUAUGGAUUUCAAAGUUCAUAUGCUGAAAAUGGUGCAGAACUUUCUCACCUUGGUGGUUUACUUGAUCUUCCAAGCUUGGAUACCCUGAAUCGUUCAGUUAUGCCAAAAGUAGAAAACAAUUCUGACAGAAAAGAUGUUCUAGAUUUCUGCUCACCUAAGGAGUCUACGCCACUGCCUCCACCUCUCCCUCCAUUGCAGUGGCGGGCUAUGAAACCUCAUUCAGAUGUGACAGAAGAUAAGCAAGAUACUGUAUCUGAUGACCUAGGUUAUGCAUUUGAUCUGAACCUUUUGAGUACUACUAUCUCUCAGCAACCUAAACCGGCUCCAGUUAAGCAAGAUCAAUUUAUUGACACUGCAUAUACCCUGGAUAUCAAGGAGCCAGACUUACAGAAGCCAAAUGGACAGAAAGAAGUUAAGCAGCCAGACUCGCAGAAGCUAAAUUGGCAGAAAGAAGGGAUGGAUGAAAAGGAAGAUUUCUUGCAUCAGAUUAGAACAAAAUCAUUCAGUUUGAGACGCACUGUGACAGCAAAACCAAACCAUACACCAGACCCCCCUUCAAAUGUCUCAGUUACUGCGAUCCUGAAGAAGGCAAAUGCAAUCCGCCAGGCUGUUGGUAGUGAUGAUGGCGAAGACGAUACUUGGAGCGACACGUAAUCUUCUUUGUACUAAUUUAGCAGCCUUUCUAAUAUUAUUCCAACAGUUGGGUGAGCUGUAUUAUAUGUAUGUGAAUAAUCCCACUUCCCUUUGUGUAAUUAUUUUCUGGGGCUCCUCUUGUAUCUCCCAUGAGGUUAUUUGCUUUGAUAGCUUCAAUUUUUGUUAUAAACAUUGUAUCAAAACACGAACUCCGAGCAAGUAUUCUUGUCCUCGAUGCAGUUAUUUAUACAUAAUGUCGGAG